UGUAAUGGAUGUUUUGGGACCAGAUAUUCAUGCAAAGAGUUUUGGGAAAAUUCAUCUGGUCCAAUUUGACUCUGAGGGAGUCUUUGGUUGGAUUCCCACACAGACGGGACUUAUCGAUCAGUUCCUGUCAGAACCAACAGAACUCCUAAAUACAAGACCUAGAAAGAGGAGAAAUACAAAUGAUGAGGUUGAUGAUGAUGUCGAUGGAGACCUGGCUGUUCUUCCACGGAUCCCCAACCCCAUUGCUUGUAUAUCCUCCGGUGACAUGCUCAUUUUCCAUCUCGCCAUCAAUCACACUGACCGCCGUCUCAGUCACUUCCCAGUGUAUCAGAAAGACCACCUGUUCAAUAGUAACCCCGGCUGGGACUUUGGAGCCUUCAGACACUUGCAGAUGCUCAUGAAGCAGACGAACUUCAACUCCACCAGGUUUGCCCACGUGUUCUCAGAAACGGGGAAGUAUGUGUUUGUGGACAGCGCUGUCCCCGAGUGGAGUUUGGUGGUGGUGGUCAGUGAGGAGGGGACGGAGUGCGCUGCUCGGUCGGCUGUGUUCCAGCCCAUGACCCCGGCCCAUCUGGUCAGAUUUGGGAUUGUCAAGCAGCACCGGCUCAACCUUCUUCCUGACUGGGGGGUUAUAGUAGGGGUCCUGAGUCUGCUGCUCGCGGUGGUUGUAGCUGUUACCACCACAAUGCUCGUUCUGCGACCCAGCAAAGCAAAGCUGGUCUCCCAGUGGAGGAUGAAGCCAAAGUGGCGCAGUCUCGGGGAGCCCUUCUGUCCGGUGGAGUGUGACUGCAAUGGAGACAGCAUCGCUGUCCCCAGGUUAGGAGGUGCUCUCGGCAGCAGGGGGAUGGGAGAAGGUGCAGAGGCUGAGGAACCUGGUCUUUCAAAGGGAGGAAGUGUAUCCGGGCGCUGUGAUCUAGAGGAGUUCAAUGUGAAAACCCUGUACGACAAACUCGAGGACCAGAACCUCCACAUCGCCUCCCAGCUGGCUCGACACCGCAAGGACAUGCAGGAGUUCUACAGAAACAUUUGUCAACAGGCGGAAACACUCGCGAAUUCCUUUGAGAAUAUGGACCAUAAAAAGCUGAGUCUUCUCAAAGAGCUGCUCGUCCAUAAUACCAUGAGGGAUAAACCAUCUGACAGCCUUGUGGGAGAGAGAGAAGCACAAGUCACCUACAGGAUGACCUGA